GUUUUUACAUAACCGACUAUAUUCCGGUGAUCGGGGCGUUCGAGAUAGAACGUAAACAAACCAUUACACCAGUGAAAGUGAAAAAAAUAUUGCAUUGUCAUCAUACUUUGUUUCUAAAAAGUAAAAAAUGUUAGUCAUUCGUACAAGUCUAAAGGAGCUGUAGUUUCGUCGCACGCAAAGUUCAGUCUGUAAUUGUGUAAAUUCAGUGUCUGCCUGGAACACUAUUUACCAUGUCUGGAGAUUUGUUUAAGGUUCAGUUUGUUAGAUUUAAGACAUCCUUCUUAUACAUUCCCGACAAAUGGAUCAAAAAAUUAAAAGACAUCAGGAAGUUAGAUCAUGAAUCAACCAUAAAGGUGGUUUAUGAUACAACCAAGUCAGCGUUUUUCACUUUGCAGCAGACAGUUUCUCAGCAUGACAAUGUUGUGGGAAUCAAUGCAACAGUUGCUUCUAAUCUCGGGUUAAAGGAAGGAGAUGUCAUUUCUCUCGUCAUCUGCAGCAAUCCUCCACAUCUUCAUCGGGUUGAAAUGUCGCCCCUUUCAUUCGAUGACUUGGAAAUGAUCGAAAUGAGCAGUGGCUUAUUACAAUCUACACUUUUAAAUCAAGUUCGUGUUGUGUGGAGAGGCCAACUUCUUACUGCUUGGAUCAGUAGUUCGGUUCCAAUCGUCCUCCAUGUUGGCAGCAUGGAUCCUGAUGUUGUUGUUGGGCAUUUAGAACAGAUGACUGAAGUUGUCAUAGGUGAUCCAAUUAGCAGCAAUGUAACAUCCCUUGCUAAUAAUUAUCUUGAGAGGGGGAAUAUGAUUAAUGACAUUGCCAGCUCUGGCUUAAACUUUGCUAGCUCUGUUAUUAAAUCAAUUAAAAGGCCAUCAAAUUCUGAGGAUGAAAAGCCUUUAGAGUGUAAACUAAGUACUGAAAAAAAGCAGUAUAUCUUCAGAGUGCAUCCCCUUGGUUGUGAUCAAUCUCAGUUUGGACCCUUAGAUGCCUUUAUUCCUGAUUCCUCUAUGAUGAACAUUUUUAAAGUUGGAAAGACAAACCCUGAAUCAAUUUUUUGUCAAAUUAAAAAAAUACAGUAUUUAACAGAUGCAAAUGCUAAAACUAAUAAAUUAGCUGAAGAGGGAGAGAAAGAAAAUUGUGAACAGAGGACAACUGAAGAUUUAUCAACUUACGUUCGUUUGAGGAGUGUUACUGCCUUAGAAGAGGCUAAAGACAAAUACUACUCCACUGAUAUGAGGUGCAUUUACUUAUCCAACAAUUUGAGAAACAUCCUUAGUCUUGAGAUAGGCUCCCGAGUAAUUCUCUCUGAUUUCAAUCUGAAACCACUAGGAGGCAGCUUUGAACGAAUUGAUAUCUUCCCAUUUUAUGGUUUAAAAUGUUCUGAGCUUGAUAAAAGCUUAAUCAAAUAUAUUGAAAAGGUCAGGGGAGGCCUUCUCCUGUGCAACAAUAUGUUACUCACAAUCCCUACUGAGAAUGGCUAUGUAGAUGUGGAAUUACGUUUUGUGCCAACAUCACUAUCAUACUAUCUUGUUCUCCCUGGUCAGUUAGACACAAAGAAAAUUCGAACAAGACUGGAAAAGCGUUCUGACAAGAAAUUGAGUUUACCACAUGGUAAACCCUUCAUUACCAAGAAUGGAACAGAAGAUCUUUAUUUAAAUCACUUUCUUACCAAUAUCAAUGAGGUUUUGAUGACCCUCAAUUUAACACUGGGUCUUGAAGGUGGUAUGAAAGAUCAGCCAUUAGUCCGCAUCAAAAACAAUCUUCUGAUUUUAGGGAAGAGCGGUGCUGGAAAAACCAGUACUGCAAGUCUUAUUUGCAGUAUACUGCAAGGCUUUCCACAUCAUGUUCAUAAUGCAAUUAUUAAGUGCCGUCCGCUCAAAGGAAAGACUGUUGAAUCACUGGUCAAACAUAUAGUUAGUUUCAUCGAUGAUUGUGUGUAUCAUCAACCAUCAAUUCUUAUACUAGAUGAUUUAGAAUGCAUUGCUGGGGUUCCAGAGGAUCAGGAUCAGAACAGCCAAGCUUCAUCAUACUUCAAAAGGGUCGGCAGAAUGCUUAUUCAGCUCCUAAGCUGCCUUCAAUCUAGUCACUCGGUUGCAAUAAUUGCCACAGCUCCUGCAGUAUCAUCAAUUUCUCCAUCAGUACUGCCUCCAAGAGGUGUCCACUUCUUUAACACUCGCCUUGAAUUACCAGAACUGACAAAGAGUGACAGACAAGGCGUUUUAGAAAAGCUUAUUCAUAAGAAGUUAUCAAAUAAAGAAGUUAGAGAAUUGAGAUGUCUAGAUAAUAUAGAAGACUAUGCCAAAAAAACAGAAGGUUACUGUUGUCAGGAUUUAGCAGAUUUAGUCGAUAAAGCCACUCUUUCAGCAUGUAUGAGGCAAGUGCUUUCCAGUAAAGUACCAGUUUUGGAGAGCUGUGAUAUGCUUCAAGCUGUGUCUGAAAGUACUCCUAUGCUUUUGCGAGGGGUAAGCUUACACAAAGAUUCUUCGUUAGGCUGGGAUGAUAUUGGUGGACUAGUAGAGGUCAAAAAUGAAUUAAAAGAAGUGUUUGAAUGGCCUGUUAUGUAUCCAGAACUUUUUCAAAAUUCACCUCUUAGGCAACAAUCUGGUUUAUUGCUUUAUGGUGCCCCAGGUACAGGCAAGACUAUGCUAGCUGCCGCAGUGGCAAGUGAGUGUGGCCUUAACUUCAUCAGUGUCAAAGGACCAGAACUGCUGUCUAAAUAUAUUGGAGCCAGUGAGGAAGCUGUUCGUAACAUAUUUUUUAAGGCUCAAAGUGCUAAGCCCUGUGUUUUAUUCUUUGAUGAAUUUGAUAGCCUUGCCCCACGGAGGGGUCAUGACAAUACAGGUGUUACUGACCGUGUUGUGAAUCAACUGUUAACACAAUUAGAUGGAGUUGAAAGUCUUACUGGUGUUUGGGUUCUGGCUGCAACUAGUCGACCAGAUCUUUUAGAUCCAGCUCUUCUGAGACCAGGGCGUCUUGAUCGUUCUGUUCUUUGCCCUUUGCCUGAUAAGGAGGAUCGAUUAGCUAUCUUGAUGGCUUUGAGUAGGAAAAUGAAUUUAGAUGAUGAUGUAGAUUUCACUGAUAUAGCUACUCAAACUGAAGGCUUUACUGGAGCUGACCUGCAAUCUAUUCUGUACACUGCUCAACUCAGUGCUGUUGAAGAACAACAAUCAGAAAUGCAGGGUACAGCUGCCUUUUCUCAAGAAGAAAAACAUACUCCUGAUAGAAACACGGUCCUUCUUAAAGUAACCAAGUUCCAGUUGGAUUCGGCAUGUAAGAGUACAAGGCCUUCUCUCACUAUUCAAGAGCGAAUGAAGUACCAAAAUAUCUACAAAAAGUUUAGAGCUGGGCGCGAAGAUAACAAGUCCAACAUUUUAGAAGGUCCUCCACGAGCCACACUUGCUUGAUUUUAAGUUAUCUAUUUUGUCACCCUCCCCCCCUCCCCUCCCUUUCCCUUCCCCCCUUUUUUCAACAGCAAAACGAUUGUUGUGAUUCGUAAACUUCACCAAUCAAACACAGUAUAAUUUUAAGCCAGCAAUAUGACGUAAAUACACAUCGGGGAUAUGGUGUCCACAGCAUUUAACAUUCUUGUUAAAUGUGGGUACUUUUUGAGGAAAAGGGUUCAAUAUUGUAUAUUUUUGUUACAAUCUUUUUUAAUUUUUACGAAAAUAAAAUAUAUUUGUUUCAGAGAAA